UUGAUAUUCUGUGGUGGUAAAAUAUCCAGUUCGUCCCUUCCAUCUCCGCAAGUCACUCAUGUUCUUUUUGAUCUUGAUGGACUUCUUAUUAAUUCGGAAGAGAUAUACACGGAUGUUUAUUCAAACUUUCUGCUGAAGUAUGGAAAACAGUUUACCUACCACGCGAAAACGUUGAUGAUGGGUCGUAAAACUCUCGAAGCUGUGACGGCCUUGAAAGAUUUCUAUGAAUUGCCCAUGUCUGCCACUGAAAUCAUUGAAGAACUUAAAUCAAACUUUCCUCCUGAGAUUUGGCGCAAGGCCGAAUUAAUGCCGGGAGCGAAGAAAUUAGUCGAUCAUCUUUAUUCCAAUUCCGUGCCGAUGGCCAUCGCAACAGGAUCCUUCUCUUCUCAGAUCAAAGACAAGACUUGGAAUAUUGGAGAUGUCAUGAAAUGCAUUAGUCAUGUAGUUGCUGGUGGUGACGACCCGGAGGUCAAGAGGGGCAAACCCGCACCCGACAUCUUUCUAGUUGCUCUGCGUCGAUUCAACGAUCCGUCAGCUCGACCUGAGACAACGCUAGUCUUCGAAGACUCCUGGAAUGGUGUCCGGGCUGCUGUGGCCGCCGGAAUGUAUGUUGUUUGGGUGCCCGAUCCUGCAGAAGCGCCCGCGAAAUCGCGAAUCCUCCGGUUAACCAGCUUAGAGUGCUUCGACCCCGCCGACUACGGUCUGCCUCCGUACUGA